CAUGGCGGCGCGGCCUCUGGCCCGGAUGCUGCGGUGGCUCUGGAGGUCCAGCGCCCGGAGCUGCAGCUCGGGGGCUCCAGUGACGCAACCCCGCCCCGGGGAGCCCUCGCAACCUGCCGCGGAGGAGCUGUCUAGGCGGAGACAAGAACAGAGGCAGUUCCUACGGGAGCACGCGGCCCCCUUCUCCGCCUUCCUCACAGACAGCUUUGGCCGCCAGCACAGCUACCUGCGGAUUUCCCUCACCGAGAAGUGCAACCUCAGAUGCCAGUACUGCAUGCCCGAGGAUGGUGUCCCUCUGACUCCCAAGGCUGACCUGCUGACUACCGAGGAGAUCUUGACCCUUGCCCGGCUCUUUGUGAAAGAAGGUGUCAGCAAGAUCCGGCUCACGGGCGGAGAGCCGCUCAUCCGGCCAGACGUGGUGGACAUCGUGGCCCAGCUGCACCGGCUGGAAGGACUGAGGACCAUCGGUGUCACCACCAAUGGCAUCAACCUAGCCCGGCUGCUGCCCGAGCUUCAGAAAGCUGGCCUGAGUGCCAUCAACAUCAGCCUGGACACCCUGGUGCCAGCCAAGUUUGAGUUCAUCGUCCGCAGGAAAGGUGACCAGAUAUGGCAUGGGGCGGCCCAGCUGCACCGGCUGGAAGGACUGAGGACCAUCGGUGUCACCACCAAUGGCAUCAACCUAGCCCGGCUGCUGCCCGAGCUUCAGAAAGCUGGCCUGAGUGCCAUCAACAUCAGCCUGGACACCCUGGUGCCAGCCAAGUUUGAGUUCAUCGUCCGCAGGAAAG